AGUGCUGCUUGCACUCCGACAAACCAUCUGACAUCCACUACACAGUUUGCAGGAUAAAAAGGCUUCGCGCGCUCUUGAGUCUGCAGCAAAACAAAACCCAAACCAAGGACGUUUUUCUUCUGCACGCCAAGAGAAUUGGAGAUCCGCAGGUAAUUCCAGUGCCGCUCCGACGGUUCGUCGACAUGCUGGGGAUCUGCGUCUUUCUUUGUGCGCUUCUCACACACGUUCUCUCUCAGGAAGCUGAGGAGCCCAUCUCCUACACUUGCACAGAAGGGUAUGAAUAUGACCGUGUGAGGGAACAGUGCAGAGACAUCGACGAGUGUACCUUGUUAGAUGAUGCUUGCAAAGGGGGGAUGCAGUGUAUUAACCACUUCGGUGGGUACCUCUGCCUCCCCAAGAGCGCCGUCAUCUAUAUCAGUAAGGACGGUGAGCAGGUGCCACUGCCAGAACCUAUCCCCCCUGUUCCUCCAGUCCCACCAAGCCUACCACACCUCCCACGGGUUUUGCCAGGUGCCAGGGUCUCUCAGCCUAGCCGGACCAUUCGCUGUGCACCUGGAUUCACUGCAGAUGACCAGAACCACUGCAGAGACAUAGACGAAUGUGCGACAGGCAGACACACUUGUGGCCCUGAACAGACUUGCUACAACACCAGAGGCUCCUACACCUGCCAGUGUCCUACUGGCUACCAGAGGAAUGGAGACCACUGUGUAGACAGAGAUGAGUGUGCCCUGACACACUACUGCAUGCAUAAAUGUGUGAACACCCAAGGCUCAUACUAUUGUGAGUGCAACGCAGGUCACAAGUUAGCCAGCAACAACCACAGCUGUGUUGAUGUGAAUGAAUGUGAUGUGCAGACUCCCUGUCAGCACCACUGCUACAACUUGAUUGGCUCGUUCCUUUGCCAGUGUGAGCAGGGCUAUGAGCUGGCCCAAGACAUGGUCUCCUGCCAAGACAUUGAUGAAUGCAGCUUCUCCAGCUACAUGUGUCAGUACCAGUGCAUUAACAGUCCAGGCAGCUACUCCUGUGAGUGUCCAGAAGGAUAUCAGCUCCAGGGGAAUAGGUUAUGUCAAGACAUAAACGAGUGUGAGACGGGGACCCAUAACUGCCAAGAUGAUGACAUGUGCUGGAACUAUUAUGGAGGCUUCCGCUGCUAUCCCAGAGACCCCUGCGAGGCGCCUUAUACCAAAACCUCUGAAAAUCGCUGUAUCUGUCGGUCUCAGACUGAAUGCCAGGGUCUCCCUCCAUCAAUUGUCUACAAGUACAUGAGUAUCCAGUCAGACCGGACUGUGCCAGCGGAUAUCUUCCAGAUCCAAGCGACCAACAUCUAUGCCAAUACACACAACACCUUCAGGAUCAAAGCUGGGAAUGAGGGUGGGGAAUUUUUUCUUCGGCGUUCCAGCAAUGUGAGUGCCAUGCUGGUGCUAACCAAGCCUCUGUCAGGCCCGAGGGAGUACAUUGUGGACCUGGAGAUGAUCACUCAUCAUCUGACCAUGAACUACCGCUCCAGCUCACUGCUGCGACUCACCAUCAUAGUGGGGCCCUAUGCCUUCUGAGCUCCGCAGCUCCCAGCAGCCUAACAUAAGUCUGGUUCAGCAAACAUAACAGUGUAACACAGCAGAUGCCUGUAUCAGCAUAACAUACUGUACAUUUUCAUACAUUACAUGCAUACAACAUAUAACAGAGGCUGUCCCAGGUCAGCAGCACAGCACUUACAAUAGGCUUGCUCAUGACAGUCCAGAUGACGCUGUAAUGUGACCACUGGGCAUCUUUUUCUGUCAAGGUGCAGGAAGCAUCAUAAUAAAGAGUUUUAGGGUUCAGGCACUUAACAUCUAUAAAGUUGAAACAUUUUUGACUU